AUGGACCAAGAAAAUGAAAGAAAUAUCUCCAGACUUUGGAGAACGUUUAGGACUAUGAAAGAGAUGGUCAAGGACAGAGGAUACUUCAUUGCUCAAGAGGAAAUAGAGCUCUCGCUCGAGGAUUUUAAAGUGAAAUACUGUGACUCUAUGGGAAGACCACAAAGAAAGAUGAUGUCCUUCCAAUCUAACCCAACCGAGGAAUCGAUAACGAAAUUUCCCAACUUAGGAUCGUUGUGGGUGGAAUUCUGCGAUGAACCUACUGUCGGUGUCAAGACUAUGAAGACUUUUGUUAUACAUAUCCAGGAGAAAAAUUUCCAAACAGGUAUCUUCGUUUAUCAAAACAAUAUCACUCCAAGUGCCAUGAAAUUGGUUCCAUCAAUACCUCCAGCUACCAUUGAGACUUUCCAUGAAGCUUCUCUUGUGGUCAACAUCACUCAUCAUGAGUUGGUGCCCAAACACAUAAAGCUAAGCGAAGAGGAAAAGAAGGAACUGUUGAAAAGAUAUAGACUAAAAGAAUCACAACUACCUAGAAUCCAAAGAGCCGACCCAGUGGCACUUUAUUUGGGGCUUAAGAGAGGUGAAGUUGUUAAAAUCAUCAGAAAUAGUGAAACUGCCGGUCGUUAUGCCAGUUAUAGAAUCUGCAUGUGA